AUGACGGAGGAAAAACUUGCUCAGAAAAGUAGCCGCAUCGUAUAGCCAUAACACCAUGAAUGCAUCUCAUGUGCCAAGACUUCUCCUCCAUCACCACCACCACCACCACCACCACCACCAUCUCAGCCAUCACGUCCUUCCACACCAGCCCAAAAACGGCAGUUUGAGCAGGGCGCUGGGGGGUCCCGGCGCUCAGGGGGACGGCUCCGGCCCGUCGGGCUGCUGCGAGCAGCUGCUGGUGUCCCCCGAGGUCUUCCUGGCGCUGGGCGUCCUCAGCCUGGCCGAGAACAUCCUGGUGGUGGCGGCGGUGGUGAAGAACCGCAACCUGCACUCGCCCAUGUACUUCUUCCUGUGCAGCCUGGCCGUGGCCGACAUGCUGGUGAGCGUCUCCAACGCCACGGAGACGGUGGUCAUGGCGCUGCUGACGGGCGGCGGCCUGCGGAUGCACGGCAGCCUGGUGGAGAGCGUGGACAACCUGUUCGACUCGCUGAUCUGCACGUCGCUGCUGGCGUCCAUCUGGAGCCUGCUGGCCGUGGCGGUGGACCGCUACGUGACCAUCUUCUACGCGCUGCGCUACCACGCCAUCAUGACGCGCCGGCGCGCCGCCGCCGUCGUCUCCUGCAUCUGGGCCUUCUGCGCGGCGUCCGGCGUGCUCUUCAUCGUCUACUCGGAGAGCACGGCCGUGCUCGUGCUCCUCAUCGGCAUGUUCUUCGCCAUGCUGGCGCUCAUGGCCUCGCUCUACGUGCACAUGUUCCUGCUGGCGCGCCUGCACCUCAAGCGCAUCGCCGCGCUGCCCGGCGCCGUCCACGGCGCCCGCGCCCGCCCCGUCCGGCCGGCGACCAACAUGAAGGGCGCCGUCACGCUGUCCAUCCUGCUGGGCGUGUUCGUGGUGUGCUGGGCGCCCUUCUUCCUGCACCUCAUCCUCAUGAUCUCCUGCCCCAGGAACCCCUACUGCGUCUGCUUCAUGUCGCACUUCAACAUGUACCUCGUCCUCAUCAUGUGCAACUCGGUCAUCGACCCGCUCAUCUACGCCUUCCGCAGCCAGGAGAUGAGGAAGACCUUCAGGGAGAUCUUCUGCUGCUGGACCUCCUGGCUCACGGUCUAUGUGUAA